UAUAAUCCGAAUAUUACGGUAGUUGGGGCCACACCAGAAAGGACCAGACCCCCGUCCGUGCCCCCCACCAUUCAUAUGCAAAUCAAGCGUCAUAUAUACCUACCCAAUGUCACCCCCUCCCGGACUAGCACUAACUAGAAGCCAGGUCUGUUGACCAAGCCAUCUGUCUCCUCAUUGAGGAACUCCAACGUCUUUUUGAGGGUCCAACGAACAACACUUUUGGAGGGAUUCUCGUCUAUAACUGUGGCAGGAAUGGCCCCCGCUCGCAAGCACACACCGACUGACCACUGCACUAGAGGACUCAAGUCUGACAGAAAGAUGAGAAAACCUCUGGUCGAAAAGAAACGACGAGCACGUAUCAACGACAGUUUACACGAACUCAGAGCUCUCAUGGCGGACACAGAGCUCCAAUCAAAGAUGGAGAACGCCGAAGUAUUGGAGAUGACAGUCAGACGGGUUGAGAGCAUCCUGCAAAACCGGGCUCAAGACGUCUCCAUCCGCCACGAUGCAAGAGAGCGUUUCGCAGCUGGUUACAUCCAGUGCAUGCACGACGUGCACACGUUUGUGUCAAGUUUCCCAGGGUUGGACCCCGAUGUGGGGGCUGAGCUGCUCAACCACCUCCUGGAAAGCAUGCCAUUCCAUGGCCAGGAACGCCUCCGGACCACUCCGAUGGACACCGACCCCUGCGGCGGUCCCCGGUCCCCGCCGCUGGCGCCCUCGGGUCCGCUGGUGUCCCCGGCCGCCUCGUGCGUGUCCAGUGACGACUUCGUCUCGGACCUGGAUGACACCGACUUGGAGCAAAGUCAGGUUUCGCCUGCCAAGGAAUCGGAACAAAGUCAGGUUUUUUCGUCAGAGGAGUCGGAGUUGCAGGACGGCGGUUCCUCAUCAGAGGAGUCGGAGCUGCAGGACGUACCACCAGGUUUCGGCGCCUUCACAUCAAUUUGGAGGCCCUGGUAGACUCAAGUGUUUGAAGGAGUCCGUUAGAUGCUGUAAAGCACAGGGUUCAAACUUAUUAUUGUAGCAGGCCAUAUCCUAUACAGCAGAAGAAAUCGUAUAAAAUACCUUUAUUGCAUUUUAACAUAUCGUUUAGAAUAGUCAAUACAUUCCGAACUAAACUGCUUACAUCAAGGACAACAGAAAUCAGAAAAUAUUUGCUAGAGGGUUUGAACUUGAAGAAUUUGGGCAAUUUUAAGUUUAACAAGGGCUCUAAAUGAUUAAGCAAUGUUCAAAACAGUUAUCAAGCAAUUUGAUUACCGAUUACGUAUUGGCGAAUUGAUUAAUUGUUGCACUUUUAGUCAUAUUUUUAACAACAAACUAAAUAUGAGCACAAAACUCAUGACAGAUAGCGACAACCAUACUUUAUAUUGAAGUACAGUACAGUUAUUGUUCAAUUUGUGGUGAGAAGGGAUCUGGUUUUAUAAAAAAUGCAUGUAAUUACUGCAAAGAGCAGUGAAAUUAAAGUCAAUGUUAUACAGUUAAACCUGUCAGUUGAAAAUUAAAUGGGUAGCUUUAAUCUUCACAUAGAUACAGCUUUGACUUUAAUUUCCAGAUGUAAAGCUUUUACUUUGAUAGCAACAGUAAAAAAAAUUCAAUACCCUUUUAGCUCCCAAUUUUCCGCUAAAACAUGAAAGUGCAAGAUUAUUUAUACAAAAGACAAAUUCUUGGUUAUUUAAAGUGACAAAUUUGAAAUAAAAACUAAAACUAUAACAUCAAUAGUUUUGGGUAAAAUCAAACCUGAAACAAAACAAAUACAUAUGGCGGAAAACACUGAGGUGUCUUGAAGUUCAGCUCUGAGACCCCCAAUUUGGCCAACUUUCAAAAAUGUCCCAUAUGCAUGUGUGAUGCAUCAUUGGAAAGCCUAAAAUCUCAAUUUUCUGGGGGAAGAAAUUUUUUGAACAGGAGGGCAUUUAAAAAAAAAAAAAAAAAAUUCUAAACAGCAAAACCCUAUCUGGGGGCAAGAGCACGCGAGAGCAGAAUUACAGACACCAUGACUUAACAAAUUAUGAUCACGUACUUACCUUGUUUCGAUCCAAAAACUCCAUGUAGCAUGUAUCACUGAGUGUCAAGACACAGCUGUGAAUGGCCACAGCUGGAUUUUUUGGGGAAUUUUAUGGGUGAAACAUGGUAAUAUAACAAGCGUCGCGCUGCAGAAAUUGCAGACAUCAACGAGUGGUCGAAAUGUUCUUUUUCAUAUAUUUACCCCUUUAAACAUUUUUUAAAAUUACUUUCUUUGUUUGGAUCGAUUAUCAUCUAACAUAUCGGGGAAAAUGCGAAAGUAACAAAAAAAAUACAAUUAAGCGUUAGUUAUGAGGCAGAUAUCUGUGACUUUUUUACAGACACCAAUUUUUUCUCUCUUACGUAAUUUGUUUAAAAGUUUAAAAUAUGCGAGUGAACAAUUUUUUAAAGUCUUUUUUUGUUUUUUUAAACGAAAUAUUGGACAUCGAAUAAUGAUUCAAAGCUAAAAAUUACAUUUUGAAUAAUAAAUGUAAUUGCUUCUUUUUAUGGCUGGGUUGAAACAAAAGCGGUUGCGCGACAUCUGUAAACGGGGGUUUCCAGGGUAAAAGGGACAAAUUAAAAAUAGUUCGGGGGCUUAAUGGGUAUAGACAUAUUGUUCUAUCAAACACAACAGUUCUUUUGGCUUAAAAUACAGCAUUUUAUUUUAUAGAGGGUUGCAAGAGCAGAAACUGCUUUUUCAGUCUUGUUUGUGUUUUCCGCCAUAUAUGUACAUCAAAGUAAGAUGGUAAAAUAAUAUUUCAAGGAAAAAAUUGUAACAACCUUUCAGGUCAGAUUUCAAACUAGCGACAUUCUGGGGACAUGGGAGCUGUACAUGAGGUUUCUAGAAACUAAACAACCCUUUUGUAAAUGUGUGUCUGUCACAGCCGCUGUCUGGAUUUCUCACAAGGAACUAAAAGACAAAUUGAUUCAUUAAGAAUCACAAAAUCUUAAUUUGUUGUAGUGGGCCCUACCAAUGUUUUGAUACCUUAAGUUUGAUACCUGUGUUUUACAGCAAUGUGUGUUUUAUGUAAAGGACUUCUUUUAAAAUGCAAUAUGUAAAGGACUUGUUUUAAAAUGCAAAUCACUUAUUUGUGAGGUCUUAAUUUUGAAAGCGUAAAAGUGUCAAAUUGUUUAUAUUUACUUGUUAAACAGGAGUUAUAUAGAGCAAACUAAGGCACAUACUGUAAGUUAGGUAAAACACCAAAGUCAAGGCACCACUGUACUGUAUACUGAACUACACAAGCAUUUAAUUGUAUAAGUCGCCGUCAAAAAUACACGAUCAUACCAAGUGAUUGGCAAUCACUGCUAUAGAAAAUAGCACAUUUUCAACUCUGUAAAUUAUUUGUUGUGGUGCUAAUGUAUUUAUAUGCCUCAAAUGACAACGCUGAACUUUUUCAAUAAACAGCUUUGUGACAGUUGACUUUUCUCAGAAGUUUGUGACAAACGAGCCCACUCACGACCCUUGUUAGUUAAUAUUCUGCGGGGUGAGGUGUGAAUAAUGAGUAGCCAGUGAAGCUUUUUAGAAUAUUUUAUCCACUCAGUAGCUUUGCUAUUGUCACCAAGCAAUCACUAAAAUCAAUCUGUCCUUUACAUGAUUGUUAAUGCACUUGUGAAAAAUAUGUGUGGAUCAUCAUCUCAUGUUUGUUGCGGGCCACAGUUUAGUUACGGUUUCAUUUUGACUCGUAGGGCAGUUGUCUGUCAGCCACGUCUGCCAUGAUUAAUCAACUAAUCAAUUAUUAAACAAAUCAACUAUUUCAACAGUCAAUCGGUUAGGUGUAGUGUUGACUUCAUAGUGAGCUGAAUCCUCUUUUU